AUGAACGCUUCUUCUUCAAAUACGUACCAACAUCUGAUCGACGUAGGUUUUGUAAAUAUUUUUAUAUAGUCAAAUAUAUUUAUAGAAAUGGAAUUUUUGGUUAUUAAAACUCAUAAAAGUUCAAAAAUAAUAAUUUUUUAGUUUUGAAAUUUUAAUUUUUUUAAAUUUUUUUGUUAUAAAUUUUUUGAUUUUUAACGCAUAGGGAGAAGUGGGUAUUGUACGGUAAGGUAGAGAAAAAUAGGGCAGGUUACUAAAAUAGUAAAAAAAAAUCACAGAAUUGUCGUUUUUGGUCAAAAACUUCAAAGAAAAAUUAAAAAUCAAAUUUUUUUUAUUUCAAAAUUUCAUUUUUUUCAAAUCUUUUAUUUUUUCAGAUUUUCAGUUACCUAGAUGAAAAAUCUUUGCGUUCUUUACAGCUAACUUCGAAGUGCACUAGAAAGGUCAUAAAUAGGCAUUUUGACUACAUAAAUCGACCAAACUUGGAAAUCGUCCAAAUUCGACAAUCUGAAGACCAAAUUCAAUGCAGAUGUUUACAUAAAAACGGAAAAAGCAAAACCUUUGAAACAAAUCAGUUAUCAGUAAGUUGGAGAUAAGCGUAUUAGAGAGUUUAUCAUAUCUUUUAAAGAAGCUUAUGAGAGAAGGAGUGUAACAUAUGAAAUUAUUUUUGCAAAAUUUCGUAGUUUAGCAAAAUCAAUAUUUUUUGUGAAAUUUUGUUAAAACAGCAAAUUCAAUCAGACAAACAAUUAAAAAAUGACCACUUUUUAAAAACCAAUACUAUUUGUGACAUUUCGUCAAAAACCAAAUCUGUUGAAAAAUUCUCUUUAUAUUCCAGUUAACUUAUAGGCCGCUCUAAAAUGGCUAUCACCAUUGAUUCACAAUGCUGAAAUUCGUUUAUUAGUGCUAAUGAAAGUGAAAUUAUGUGAAGUGGCAUUUUCACAGCUAGCCGGCUGUUUGCCGUUUCAUAUCAAACAGUUGAGUAUGACAGGAGUUGACUUUUUGCACACAUCACCAAUUACAUUUGAAAACCUACUGAAUUUAACCUUUAAAGCUGAUAGGUACUUGUUUGGUUGUGUUAGGAAUGUGGCUAGUGCGCAUUUUAAUUCACAAUUGUUGGAUAGUAAGGCUUUUGUAGAUGCUGAAAUGGUAUGUUAAAAUUUUAUUCAAUUUUGUUUUGGAAUGGCAAACAAUGUUUUUUUGUCAUUUAAACACUGCCAUUUUGUUAGAUCUUUUGGUAAUUUUGUGACACUUCGUUACAUUUUUUCAAUAAUUUUUUGGCAUUUCGUCAAGUUUGGUAUUUUUUUAAAUUCCUUUUCUUUUUAGAUAGACAUAGAUGUGUUAUCAUUUCAAGAAUUUUCAUUGCCUUGUUUGGCAGUCUAUGAAUUAUCCCUUAUAAACUGGUUUUUCAACUGUAAUACUGACAAAAGCCGAACAUUAAUUAGUAACCGGCUUUGCUUAGGACCUUUUUUCUUGGCUGAGGUUAUUAAUGUAAGGAUAUUACACUACUUUUAAAUAUUUUUAAAAUGUUAGCUUACCAAAGUGUAAAAAUAAUUAAACGAAUUUUGAACUUGUUAAAUAUAAAUACACAUCCCUAAUUUUUAAGACCUUCAAAACCGAAACAAAGCCAAAACCAGCUCAAAUGGUACUAUGCGGUCGUAUCGUGCAGUGUACAGAAUCUUACAAACAUUUAAUGUUUAAUAGAAAUGGAAAGACAGUCGUAGCCGUACGAAAUAAUGACACUUUGGAAGAAUUAGUAGUGGCGAUCUGGUCAUCAGCCGACAAAGUUGAAAUUACCCGAAAGGAUAUUGACAACAAUAAUGAAGUUAAGCGACUACGGCCGGUUGGCCAGGCUGUGCGAUAA